UUAGUGUUUGAAAAAAAAUUUGUUUAUAUAUUUUUUUUAUUUAAACAUAUUUUCAACUAAUUCCAAUCAAGCAGAGCUCCCUGCGUGAUAAAAAUAAACGCAUUUUAAAUGCGUUACGUGUUAAAAAAACGCUACAAACUUAACGCAAAACAAAAUUCAAACAAAUUUCAACAGAAGAAAAGAAGUUAACAGCGGUAGUAGGUCCCUAGGGGGAGCCUCGGAUUACUACCUUUUAUAUUAAAUUUUGAAAAAUGGAACAAUUUGAACAACUAUUGACGUGUUGCGUUUGCCUAGAUCGGUAUCGCAUACCAAAAUUGCUGCCAUGUCAACACUCUUUCUGCAUGGAACCCUGCAUGGAAGGUUUAGUGGAUUAUGUGCGACGACAGGUUAAGUGUCCAGAAUGUCGUGCCGAACAUCGCAUACCAUACAAUGGAGUGCAGGCGUUUCCCACAAAUGUAACGCUGCAACGUUUUCUCGAAUUACAUAUAGAAAUAACCGGUGAAUUGCCAGAUCCAACUUCUGGCCAAAUUAUGGAGCGUUGCGGCGUUUGUUCGGAGAAGGCAUAUCUCUCGCAUUGCGCACAUUGUGAGAAGAAAAUAUGCGAGGACUGCAAGAGUGCUCACAUGGACAUACUAAGGCGCGAAAUAACACGUUUCAACUCACAGAUUCGUCGUAGUUUGCAUCGCUUACAGGAUUCAUUAGCUGUUAUAGAAAAAAAUACUAUUAGCCUGCAAACGAAUUGUGUAAGUGUGACAGAAGAGAUUGACGAAAUUUAUCGACGCAUUACCAAAGCCAUUAAAGACCGUUCUGAAGGAUUGAAAGGGGAAAUUGACCGCUACCUCACCGUUGAGCUACGAAAUCUCACAACAUUGAAAGAAAAUUUGGAUUUGGAAAUAAAUAAUAUUGCAAGCAAUUGCGAUAUUGUGGAUAAGUAUAUGAAUGACUCAGUAGAAUGGGAUGACUGUGAGCUGAUGGAUACUAAAGAAAUAUUUUUGAAAACCGUUGAAUUUCUUCGUCAUUUCGAAUAUGAAAAUGCGGAUUAUAGUAGACGAGUACGUUUUAUGGUUUCAAUCGAUCCUAAUCAGUUGGUUAUGAAUUUAGCUACCUUUGGUGAUUUGAAUAUUAUGCCACAUUCAACACCAGGUGGUUCAGCUAGUAGUUCGCAUUUAGCACCACCAUCAACAUUACAACCAGGUUUGAUGCGCUCAAAAAGUGAUCACCGUCUUGCUACACAAUUUAGACAGCAAGAAGAACGUGGUGGUUAUAAUGAUGAGCCUGUACUCGGUGGUCGCAAGUUUGGUGAACGUCCUAUGCGCAGCAACAAUGAUCGUUAUGGUGAUAGUGGCUUGAACCGUUAUGGCCGCGAUUACGAUUAUGAUAAUGAGUACGAUAAUGAACAGUCUGGACGUUCAGCCAAAUCCCGCUUCCGUUCACGUUUUGUACGUUCACAUCAGAACGAAGAUUCCGAUAACGAGCAGCAACAAUUGCAGCGACAAGAGCUCGAAAAGAAAAAAGAUCGUGUACUAAAUGGUGAAGAUGCUUCACGUGGUCAAUUAAGUGGCAUUAUUCGCUUAAGUGACUGUGCGCGUGUUAUACAACGUUUGGCAGAUAUUGGUAAAGAGAAGAAAGAAAAGAAGACAGACACAGCUGCACAGGCUGCAGUACAAGCAGCGAUACAAGCUCAGAAGGCUUCAAUGCAGCGACCCAAACCAGCUCAACAGCCAGCACCAGCAGCACAAAGACAAAUUUCCGAAGAUGAUGAAAUCAGUCGCAUUAAACGUCAGAAUAAAAACGCACCUGCGAGUAGUACAUCAGCGGCAACAGCAACGGCAACAGCAGCCAAUGCAGCUGGCAAUGCUGUGGCGACUAAUUCAGCUCAUGCUGAACCAGAGCGACCAGCUGCUGAUCGAGUUGCGGCUUUAAAACGAACCACAGCACAAGCAGCCAGUGAGGAGAGUGAUAGCUCCAAUCAUGCUUCACCAGUGCGUAAAACGCCUCCAAGAGCAGAGACUGACAGCGAUUCUGAAGAUGAAUCUGACGGAUUUUACAACUCUGCUCAUACUCAACAGUCUAAACCACCAGUCUCAGCACAAGUGACAGCCGUUAAAAAGACAACACGUUCCGGUAGCAGUGAUUCCAAUGCAUCUACAGAGAGUUCAGCUAGCUCAGCAGCUGCUGCAGCUACAAGUAAUACUAAUAAAACGCCAGCUAAUGCACGUUACUCGACAGCACGUGAGAGUCCUGCACGUACACGGCCCACCUCAACUCCAAGUGCAGCGUCAACUGCAGCUACGCCCGAGAAGAAACCAUUUGUAAGUCGUUUUCUACCUCAGCAUAAUACAACCGCAGCUAGCAAUGAUAAGAAAAAGCAAGAAUCUGAAUCCAGCAGUGAAGAAGAAACUUCAACUGAAGAAUCCGAGGACGAAGUUGAUACGAAACCAAAGUCUUCUAGUGCUGUUAGCUCGAGUAGACCAAACACAAGUGCUAAUGCUUCAGCUGCAUCGACAAGUUCGUCAACGUAUCGCGACCGUCUUGAAGCGAGACGCAAUUCGCGUGAUGAUACGUCUUCACGAACUUCAUCCACGUACGCAACACCAUCCAGCAGUGGCACUAGCGGUUAUGGUUCAUCAUCUGUGCGCUCACGACCAGUGCCUGCGCCACAUCAUGACGCAGAUGAUCGCUAUGGCGGUGCUUCGGGAAGCAGCUACACAAGCCGCUUUCUAAACAAAAGCAAGAGCAGCGCUAUAGUUUCGCAGCCCUCUCUAUCCACACCCACUGCUUCCUUCGAUGAAGAUGCUAAUGGUACCGGUGAUGAUUCGGACUCACGUUACGGCAGUGGACGUUCUAGAUAUUUAGCAAUGAAAGAACGACGCAAUCGUUUGGCACGCAGUCGUUCAUCACACAUACUUGGCAACGAUGAAGACGAAUUAGAUGAACCCGUUUCGCCCACAACAGCAUCGCCAUCUGCUUACUUAGCCUCAAGAUAUAGUGGUUACGGCGGUUCUGAUUUGGCACGUAGUCGCUCAUCUCAUGCUUUAAAAUCGCGAGAUAAUUCUCCUAUAGCUGAUCGCACUUCCGGUCGUGGUGGUGCCAGUUCAACGGCAACAGAAACUAAAGACGGUGAAGCGCUUAGCUCUUGGGCACGUUAUUUAAAGAACAAAUACGGCAACAAAAGCACAAAGGAUUCACCCUCUGGUAGUAGUCGGGAUACGCUCGGUAGUACAUCAACGGCUUUGCCUUCCUCCUCGCAUGGAGCAAGCAGCAGUAGCCGUAGUACUGCAAGUGAUGUAUCUCGUCGCCUCAGCCUAGGUCUGCCAUUGCGUCAGGCCAACGAAAUUGGAUCGUCUGAUGAUGACGGGUCAAAAAACGGGCUAGGCUCCCCUACCUCCCCUACGGUAGCAGCCGCUAUAACAGGAGUAGCAGGUACUUCCCCUAGGCAAGUAUACCUGCGAAAGCGUCAACAGCUGUUCCAAUUGGGGGGCCGGGGGAGCGAGCCCGGAUCCUUUACCUGGCCACGCGGCCUAGCCGUUGGGCCAGAUAAUAGCAUUGUCGUCGCAGACUCAUCCAAUCAUCGUGUACAAGUGUUCGACUCCAAUGGCAUUUUUAUAAAAGAGUUUGGCGAAUACGGCAAUGGCGAGGGUGAAUUCGAUUGUUUGGCCGGCGUGGCCGUUAAUCGCAUUGGCCAAUAUAUAAUAGCAGAUAGAUAUAAUCACCGUAUACAAGUACUUGAUCCUCAAGGACGUUUCCUGCGCGCAUUUGGCUCACAGGGCACUGCAGAUGGCAAAUUCAAUUAUCCUUGGGGCGUUACAACUGACGCACUCGGUUUCAUUUAUGUGUGUGAUAAGGAAAACCACAGAGUACAGGUUUUCCAAUCGGAUGGAUCCUUUGUUGGUAAAUUUGGUUCAUGCGGUCGCGGCGAAGGACAACUCGAACAUCCACACUACAUUGCUGUCUCGAAUACGAAUCGCGUUAUUGUGUCGGAUUCGAACAAUCAUAGAAUUCAGAUUUUUGAUGUCAAUGGUAAAGUGGUAACAACAUUUGGUGGUGAAGGUUCAGAUGAUGGUCAAUUUAAAUUUCCAAGAGGUGUUGCAGUGGAUGAGCAAGGAUAUAUAUUUGUUGCGGAUUCCGGCAAUAAUCGUAUACAAAUCUUCAACCCUGAUGGUAGUUUUCUUAAAACAUUUGGUUCUUGGGGUUCUGGAGAUUCAGAAUUUAAAGGUUUGGAAGGAGUUGCCAUUAUGUCAAAUGGUAACAUUUUAGUCUGCGAUCGUGAAAAUCAUCGUGUGCAAGUUUUUUAAUAAAAAUUCUGACUCAGCAAUUCUUAAUAAAAAUAUUUUUUUACAUUAAAUUGAUUUUAAUUAAAAAAUCUACAUCUAAUUGAAUAUUAUAGAUGUGAAGAGAAAUACAAGAGUCCUUUUAAAAUUUGUUUUGAUAUUGUAUAAUCAUUUGGACUUCUUAAUUAUGUAUGUAUGAUUCAGU